AUGCUCGCCGCCACCACAAAACAGGAGGAAGAGGAAGGGUCGGUAUACCUCACACUAGUCGUACCUGCUUACAAUGAAGAAGACCGUAUGCCAGCCAUGCUGAAAGAAACUAUAGAGUAUCUAAGCAAGCGUCAGAAAAAGUACAAGUCGUUCACAUACGAGUUUGUCAUCGUUGACGACGGCAGCAAGGACAAAACAUACGAGAUUGCCAUGAACGAAUCUGAAAAGUAUGGAGACGACGUUGUGAGGGUUCUCAAAUUCGAGAAGAAUCGAGGGAAAGGUGGUGCCGUGCGCCUGGGUAUGGAAGUGGCGCGUGGCAAGUACAUUCUAAUGGUAGACGCCGAUGCCGCCACAGAUAUCAAUGACCUGGACCGAGUGGAAGAUAAGCUUAAAGAGAUCGAACGAGACGGUUACGGCAUUGUCGUAGGUAGCAGGGCCCAUAUGGCCGAGGAUGAGAGUCCGGCUGCACAGCGGUCAGCCUUCCGUCGCUUUCUCCAGAAAGGCUUCCACUUCCUAGUACAGUUCCUCGGUGGUGUCAAGGGAAUCCACGAUACACAGUGCGGGUUCAAGCUGUUCACCCGCAAAUCGGCAGCCGAUGUGACCCGUGUGCUUCAUUUGGAGCGUUGGUGUUUUGAUGUGGAGGCUCUGUACAUUGGACAGUGUCUGAAUAUGCCCCUGGCAGAGGUCGCUGUCAAUUGGCAAGAGAUCGAUGGGUCUAAACUCGAUCCUACGCAGGCUAUGAUUGAGAUGUUCAAGGACUUGGUGACAAUCAAAACAUACUACACUCUGGGCAUCUGGUCCAUCCCAAAAGAGACCCUCGCCCAUAAGCGCAAAGUAGAAUAG